UAAUUGGGUUGGUCGUCAUGUCACUUCCACUGAUUCUGAGCCCCCAAGUUUUGGGGCUCGCGACAGACGGUUUGAGCAAUCUUCAAAAUAUUGCAGGCAAGCUCAGCUUCAUUCAGAGGGAAGGAAAUGUGACUUAUCUGCGGGACAAGGAGCUGGCCACGGAAGUUCCAACCGAGACAAAGUUUGAACUGUUCGAUCCAAGGAACACUUUACGCACUGCCAGAUUCAACUAUACCUGGGACUUCGGCAACGGAGAGGUGCGGAAGGGAUCGGAGCCGUCUGUGCACUAUAACUACUCAUCCCCUGGAAACUACACUCUGCGGCUGAGAGUUGGGGCCCAAGUGAACAAAACCUCUACUCCACUAACUGGGGUAUACACCAUGGACGUUACAGUUUUGGACGCCAUCAGAAAUAUUGAGUUGAGCCCUUUGAGUUUCGAGGUUUCCAGAAACAACAGUCUGGUUGUUCAUGUGGAUGGAAGUCCUCCCAUGUGGGUCUGUUGGAGGUUCCUACAGAACUGUGUAUCAGCAACCCCUACAGGCUGUCACCUGACCAUGCUGUAUGAGAACACCAUGACACUGAAUCACACCUUCACAGCUUUAGGAGUCCACUGUCUGGACAUCAGCGCCCGCAACAACAUCAGCAAACUGCAGACCUCCUACAACAUCUUUGUGAGGAGAGAUCCCCCCAUUAACCUGCUCUUCACCCUGACAUGUACUGGGAUCAUCUUGGUAAUACUCGCCUUCAUCACUGUUAUAGCCUGUCGCACUAAGAAUGGACACAACAACAAACCACAGAUGUCUAAGUCCAGUAACGCCACUUUGAACUCCAGUUUGAACAUGGAACUGCAGCCACAACAGGACAUCCCUGAUAUCAGUAGUGAUCUCUAUGUGUCCAGGCCAAAGAACGAAGAGGUCCAACCCCUUCUACAGCACGGGACCAGAUCUGUCGCCAAAUCCUACCGCAACUAGUCUUCUAGUUCUUCUACUUCUAUACACUUUGAUUUGAGCUUUGUGUUGGACUGAUUCAAGUCAAAUGUUAAUAGUUUGCUAACAAUGUAUUGUUUGAGAUGAAUAUAUGGCACCAGUAACAUUGAACUAUACAUUGUCAGUGAUGUAAUACCGAUGUAGAUUACAUUCUCCUGUCUGUGUGGAUGUUAUACUUACACUAUUUUGCCUCUGAUGAUCUCAUCCUCAGACCCAGCCAAAAGCCUGACCUCGAAAACUAAAUAUCCAUCCAAGGGGUUUUAGAGGAUUGGAUCCUCUAUAAUAGAUGACAGCUGCCAGUAACCCUGUAGGGAAGUGUCCUAAUGUGUAUUAUUACCCAGUGAUUUAUAUAUACGCUAGAUGACUGAUCAGUGGUGCUGUGUUGAAUCCACCAUGCCUCCAUUUUGGCACUCCCCCACCAUUGUAUAAACAUUUUGGGAAGCUAUAGAAAUGCAUUUAUUCAUGUCUAUAUUCAUUCUUGCCACAUUUAUUCUAUUACAGACACCUUAUCGCAUACAUUUUAAUUACAUUUCAUUCCUAAUGUUACUAUCCCCACUAAAACAAAAGAAUACUUAAAUACAUGUAAUUUUGUCCCUGAAACAUUUAUUUGAAAUACUGUAGAGUUCCAUUCAUUCCUAUGGAGGCCUGCUCCUACUUGGGAGUGCCAAAAUGCAGAUCGACGGCUUCAAAGCCUCUCAAUGGCAAAUAGAUAGCAUAAGCAAUCCAGUUUUAUAUAUACAUUGCUGGUAUUACCUAACCAUACUGGCUGUCACCACAGAUGGUCCAUUAUAUUGACCAGAUACUCCAUUGGCCACUCUAAGAAUUAAAAAAAUGUCUUCAAAAAUGUAAGGCAGAUGGGAGGAAAAGAGAUCGGGUAAGACCAUUCUAGCCAAUGAGAAGGCAGAUACACGUGUGAUAACACGCAGAACCAAUGAGAGAGCAGAUACACGUGUGAUAACAGGCAGAACUCUGAUAUAAGGGGCUUUUUAUGUCACAUCCGACUAAUAUCAGUACAGUCAUAACAACCUAAGCAUUACAAAACCCCUAUUAGAUCAAAUAAGCCACAUGUUGAAAAUUAGCCAUGACAUUUUUGGUAAUCACUCUCUUUGACCUCCAUACAAAAAACCUGGCUUGGUGAGAGGAAAAAAACAACAACAAAACGCCACCUGCUGGAGAAGACAGCUUUUGGGCCGAGUUAUUCCUCUGCUGUCACCAAACCCACCUUUCAGUCAGGGCAACAGAGAUGAAUUCAUGACUAAUGACAAUGACCUUGAUUGACAGAUGGCUUUAGCUUACAUAUUUAUUUAGCAGAAAUUGUAUUUUAAUUUGGGUUUGGGAGUGUGACUCAUCAACAUCUUUAGAACAUUUUAAUUUAAUUUACAAAAUGUUUUUAUGGAAUGCCAAGAAAGUCAAUAAUGAAAGUAAAAAUAAAUCAAGCGUCAUUGUCAGUAAGAAGUCUUGUUAUAUUUACAAUGUUAUUCACAGGUUAUUGUCCCCCAAAAUGUAUGUAUUUGUUGGGUAAUCGACAUCUGUCGCCAUUAUUUCUACAUAUUUAUCUUGCUGUUCACGACUGUAACCUACUUGCUGCUCACGACUGUACCAAAGGUAUUAUGUAUCUGAAUGGUAUCUUACAAUACAAUCUAACUUGAGUUGUAGGCCUACUUCAUGUUACGCACCCACAAUCAUUAAAUAAUAUGAAUUGUUAUUUUAUGUAUUUUUCUAUUUGAUAUAUAUUUUUCUAUUUUUACCACUUUAUGGUAUAAUGUACCCCAAUUGAACAAUGCAGAGACCGGAUAGAAUAUUAGUCAAAGUGAAUGUUCGCAGUGGUGUAAAGUACUUAUGUAAAAAAAACUUUAAAGUACUACCUAAGUUGUUUUUUGGAGAAUCUGUACUUUACUAUUGAUAUUUUUGACAGCUUUUACACUACUUCACAGGGGCGGCAGGGUAGCAUAGUGGUUAGAGUGUUAGAAUGUAAAGGUAAAAUUAAAAAUACAUAAAAACUACAAUGUACCUUUUACUCAGUACAUUUUCUCUGACACCCAAAAGUACUCGUUACAUUUGGAAUACUCUGCAGGACAGGAAUAUUGUGCAAUUCAUGUACUUAGGUUACUAGGGGGUAACUAGCCCCCCCUGAGAACAAUGUAUAAUUGCUGACACAAAAAAAGCUAAGUUUGGAUGAAAAUUGGAUUGUGGAUGAAUAUCAUGCUUAGGCGAAUAAACUAUCAAGGGAAAU